AUGAAGCAAGACGAGGUUGAAGGAGAUGAUUAUGAUGCUGACAAAAUCAAUUCUGAAAAAGAAAACAGAGAAAAAUUGGCAAAGAGUCAGGUGGUGGAAUUGGUUAAGACGGGAGAUCUUUUCCUCAACAAAACAGUUUUGAAAGCGAGGUUUGAGUUAUGUGCAAUGAAGCAUAACUUUCACUACACAGUUACCAACUCCAAUAAAUCAGUUUGGUGUAUUAGAUGCGCUGAUAAGGUGUGCUUUUGGGGUGCUCGAGCUGAGUGUUUGAAGGGCUCCACAUAUUUUAUUAUUAAGAAGUAUAUCGGUGUACAUUCCUGCGCACCUUCAAACAAAACCAGUGCCGGAAAGACAGCUUCAGCGAAAACGAUAGGCAGUCUGCUAAUGCAUAAAUAUGAAGGUAUCAAGGAAGGGCCUAAAGCGAAAGAUAUUGUUCAGAUUAUGCGUAAUGAUUAUGGAUGUGAGAUCUCUGAUUCUUUAGCAUGGGAUUCCCGUGAAUAUGCAGUCAACGCUGUUAGAGGUAUUCCAGAGGAAAGUUAUGGGAAAAUACCAAAAUACUUGCACAUGCUGCGAGAGGCCAAUCCGGGUACACAUUCCUCUUACAAGACUGACGUCGAUGGUAGAUUUCGAUAUCUGUUUAUAGCGUUUGGUCAAUCGAUCAGAGGCUUUAACACAGUCAUGAGGCGUGUCAUUGUUGUCGAUGGAACAUUCUUGAAGAGUAAAUUCAAAGGGGUGCUACUGGUUGCAACUGCUAUAGAUGGAAAUUCAAAUUUAUAUCCUAUUGCAUUUGGGAUAGUAGACUCUGAGAAUGAACAGUCUUGGGAAUGGUUUAUGAGACAAUUCAAAGUUGUUGUUGCUGAUGAUAAUGGUUUGGCUUUUAUUUCGGAUAGACAAGUGUCAAUAGGGAAGGCACUGGAGAAAGCUUCAAAGGCUUAUAGAGUGGUUGAUUUCAAGAAGACGUUUGCUCAUGUUUGCAAUAUCAGUCCAGCAAUUGGAAAUUAUCUAAUGGAAGCAGAUGUCAAAAAGUGGGCUAGAUGUCAAUUUCAUGGAUACAGGUAUGACAUUAGGACAAACAAUCCUGCAGAGUCGAUAAAUUCUGCGUUGCGUUCGCCGAGAGAGUUUCCCGUAAUUCCUUUGUUGGACAGUAUUAGAGAAAUGCUGACACGCUGGUUUUUUAAGCGUAAGCAAUCGAUUUCAAAGCACACCCACCGUUUGACCAUAAAUGUGGAGGAAAAGAUUGAUAGGAGAAUUGGAAAGGGGGAAACUUUCAGAGUUUACCCUGUAACCGAUAGCCAGCUGCUUGUUAAAGGCGAUACAAUUGACUGCUUUGUUGAUUUGGACAAACGGACUUGUUCUUGUGGGAAGUACGACCUCUUGAAAAUCCCUUGUAGACACGCAAUAAAAGCUGGUUUCUUUGUUGGUAGAGAACCAUAUACAUUGACUGAUUUUUUGUAUACCACGGGAGCUUGGAGAGAAGCUUAUCAAGAAAGCAUAAAUCCCAUUUCAGUUCCUGAAGAUGGUUGGUCUGUUCCACAAGUAGUGGAAAAUUCUGAAGUGCUACCGCCUGAGACAAGAAGAUCUCUUGGAAGAAAUAGAAAACGCAGAUAUGAAACUGUUGAAGACAAAAUCCGAUCAUCACAAGGAUCACAGGGGGAUCAGCUUCGUAAGUGCAGUAGAUGUGGUCUUGGUGGUCAUAAUAGAGCAACUUGCAAGAUUCCAAUAUAG